AUGUUCCAGCGACUCUUCUCGCCGCGCAAGUCCAAUCGCGAGACGGAAGACGCCGCCCGCGCGCUUAUCAGUCCCCGCGAAUGGGUGCCGCUGCGACUCCCGCCAGACGCCAUCCGAGUCACCGUCUUCCAAGAUAACAUGAUGGACAGCAAGGUUGCACUGUACGAUUCAUCCAAUAUCGCUGCUCAGCAAGCUCACGCUGCGCAAAUUCAAGUACACCAGGCGCACUUGCAGCAUAUGCAGCAGCUACCGCCAGCACAGCAGCACGUCAUUCCGCCGCCAAAAGUCCACUACCGCACCAAAGACGGUGCUUUGCUCGCCGAGAUGCUGUUUGGUGCACUACCACUUGCCUACAAGAACGAGGAGGACGCCGACCGAGAUCCAACUGGCUCUGGGGACAAUGCAACCCACCCUGGCGGAACUGGGCGGCGAGAUAGCAUCACUUCGAUCGAUUCACGCAUGAGUGCAUGGGUCGAAGUGGAAAAGCCCGCCGCAGCAGCAUCAACCCCAUCGCAUACACAACACCACGGCUCCCACUCGACUCACAAUUCCCACAAUUCUCACACCACUCAUACUUCUCAUCGAUCGAUGCUUUCUUCAUCCAUGAACCACCGGAAAGAUCGCAGCAAAAGCACCAGCAUUGAGUACGGUCACUUUCGGCCAUCAGGCUUGUUGCAUUCUUCGACCGAGCCAACGGUGCUAUUGAGUCACCCGAGCCCAAACCAUGCAACAUCGCACGAACAAUCUCCUUGGAUUGGAGGAGGAGGAGGCGGAGGAGGAGGAGGCAGCGGUGCGCCUGCGUCUGGCUUUGUCUCCCCAAGCAAACCGUCGGCCAAUGCGUCAAUGUUGCAACCCUCCUCGUCCUCUAGCUCCAACUCGUCUGCGGCAGGCUACUCUAGUCCACUUCCCAAUCCACCAACCGGCGGCGGUGCGCCGCGAGCACGGAGUAGACGUCCUCGCUUUGCAGUCUGUAUCAUCAUCACCCUCCCUGAGGAAAGCCCAGAGCUCGCCAACCACAUUCAGGAGGCGUUUUUCGCGCAUUUCGCAGUCAUUGAGACGCACGUCACGCGGUUACAUCGGACGGUCGCCAAAGUGCUGCUUUCGGCCUUGACCGCACCUCCGCAACAGAGCCUCUCGCGGCCACUCUCCAAGAUUCUCAUUCCCACGUCGCCAGGCGGAACAUCCACACCCGGAACGCCGUCUGGAAGCCCGCCGGCCUCUCCUGUGCGUCCACGCUCGGGCUCCAACGCCUCCGCUACAUGGCGAUCCAAUUCCGUGCAAGGGUCGUCCACUCCGCCAACCAAUGUGGCUCCGACGGUUGUGCCUCUGCUCGCGAUGCGCGAGUCGCUGCCAGCACACGCGCUGCAGCCGCAACAGUCACUCAUCAAGGCCACAAACAACUUUAGAAACACUCUUACAUCCAUGCUGGCGACGCCGCGCAUUCAAGAACCCGUCUGGCUCAACAUGGUGACCUUCCCCUCCACACGGCACCGUCUUUGCCGGCAGUUCAUGUCGGAGUUCAUGCAGUGCGUCUCAGAGUUUGACACCAAGAAAUCGGGGUACUUUAUUUCGUCGCUGCUCACGGGUGUGCUGACCAAUCACCUCGGCUGGAUCCCCACCGUUGCUCCGCCACCCAUCUUGCCCAACACGGCCGUUGCGGCCAGUAAUCCGUUUGGUGCGAGCGGCGACAGUGACAACGGCAGUGACUGCAACGUGAGCAUUGGUGCCCCCGGACAUGUCUACGCGGCCACGGCAUCCGCCCUUGCCGCCAACGACCCGCAGGGCCACGGCUACGGCGGCCUGGAUCGGCGCACCUCCACACUACUCGAAAUGCUGUCGCGCUGCUUGUCCUACAAUCCGCUGUGGGCCCAGCUGAUGGACUUGUACGGCGGCAUUGGCACGCCGGUCAAAGUCUGUCGCACAGUCGUCGUGGGUGUCAACACGGCUCUUGUGGCUCGUCUGCUGUUCAUUCUCAGCUACUUUAUUCGGUGUAGUGAUGUGGAUAUGAACGCCGGCAGCACCCCUCGCAAGCCGUCCUCUGCAUCCACGGGCGGCGCUGCCGCUGCCGCUGCGUCAGCCGCACGAAACCGCCUCUCGCUUGCACAAAUGCAAGUGUCGAGCUCGCCAAAAACCGUGCAGUCCUCGAUCGGCUCUGCGACCCCGGCUCGCACCACGCCAACAACGCCAGACCGAAGCUCCCUCCACACCCCGACCCAUGUACCAUCAUCGCCUUCAGCGCCAUCGCCCUUCCGGGACCGCGCCGUUUCAGGCGAUUCCAGCACAACGUCACCACGGACCUCGUUUGCGACCAUGGACGCCGAAGACCUUGUUGCCACCGUGACGGUGCUCCCGUCCGGUCCGGCGUCUGGUCCCAGCACCACGGCCGCGCAACUCGUGCCAAAGAAGGAGAGCGAGGUGGAGAACGACGGAGUGGGCUUGUUUGAAAUGUACGAGGAAAUUCCGUUUCCGCAACACACGCACGCCACGACCGUUCCAACUGCCGUGGCCGACCCGACUGUUUUAUCUGCUUCGCUCUUCCGCUGGAACCUGGGGCGCUCCUUGUUUGCUGGCCUGUGCGAGUCGUACGUUUCUGAUUUUGUUCUCGUCGGAGUUCCGCGAAACAACUUUCAGAAGCAACUCGCUGCUGACAUGCGGCUUGCCAUCGAGUGCUCGGUGAUUGAUGAGCCUGUCGCCGAGGCAGUUUGUCUGAUUGCCGACACCAACGAUUGGAAGUGCCACCUCCAUUCUCUGAGCGAGCAGAGCGUCCUGGGUCCGUCCAGUGCAGUGUUGAACAUGGGUGUCGCUGUCAGCGACGUGGUCGACCGCUCGGUCGUCACUGCAGCAGACACUAUCGUGAGUUUGCUGUCUUCUCUCAAGGAGCUUUGGGAUCUCGGUCUUCCCGCAGAAACGUGCAUGAUGCACCUGGAAGACCGACUCCAAGAGAUGUACGGCAAAAGCCGAUUGCUUGCAGAUUACGUCGCUGACAAGGUUGACACAUGGAUUUACAUGCAAGAUCUUGCCUUUGCCCUCAGCUUGUCCAUCUCAGACAUGCCGCUGCUGUUGGCGAUCGCGGGCACCCAUUCACCUUUUGUCAUCUCUCGCGUGCUUCCAGCGCAGAUCCAAGCCGAUCGCUAA